UGUAAUAAAAACGCUGGCGUCAACAGUAAGCUAAAUAGGAUCCAACGGUGGAGAAAGCUGCGUGAAAAUUGCAGACAGAAAGAAUCUAACGGUGAUAAGUUAUCAGCGUGAAACUGAAGCUUCCCAUUUCUCUGUUUUAAAACCCCAAAUCUCCCUCUCAUCCCCUCUCAUCUCAUCUCUUCUCUUUGUUUACACAUACACCUCAUAAGAGUAGCAAACACAUCGCUCUCCUCUCCUCUCGCAUUAUCCGAAAACAUGAAAGAUUUGUGGAAGGCUGCAUUUCCAGUGGGAACUGAGGUGGACCAGUUAGAUACAUAUUACGAUGGUUUCAAUUGGAGUUUCAAAACUCUUGAAGAAGCAUUUGAAGAAGGAGGAAUGUUCUAUGGGAAGUCAGUCUAUGUUUUUGGAGGUGCAGAACCUCAGCUCGUCCUCUACGAUGAUGCACACAUGAUUAUCAAUGUCCCAACAGUUAUUGUUAUUGAAUCACCCGUUCCGCCUUCUGACAAGCUAGAUAUCGGAUCGAUUCAGCGUGGAAUGGAAAUCAUUCCAAUGAAGCAGAUGUGGAUGGAAUGGGUUCCUUACAUUCCUUCUGAUAAUAGAGAUGGACAAGUUGGUAGGAUGAACUCUCAAAUUUUUAGCAUGCGCUGUACACUGUCUAGAGAUGCUCUCAGAGAUAUGAAUGAAGACGAUGCUAAGAAGUUCGACUAUUGCGUUGCUUAUUUCUAUCAACCAUUUGAGGAAUCUGAAAUUGAACAUGAUGCUGUAAUCGAUAUAUUGUUUCCCUCUAAUCCGCCGGUAAAAAUUUCUGACUAUGCAAUNGUGUCCUUCUCUUUUCUUAUCAUCGGUGCCAAAGAUUUGUGGAAGGCUGCAUUUCCAGUGGGAACUGAGGUGGACCAGUUAGAUACAUAUUACGAUGGUUUCAAUUGGAGUUUCAAAACUCUUGAAGAAGCAUUUGAAGAAGGAGGAAUGUUCUAUGGGAAGUCAGUCUAUGUUUUUGGAGGUGCAGAACCUCAGCUCGUCCUCUACGAUGAUGCACACAUGAUUAUCAAUGUCCCAACAGUUAUUGUUAUUGAAUCACCCGUUCCGCCUUCUGACAAGCUAGAUAUCGGAUCGAUUCAGCGUGGAAUGGAAAUCAUUCCAAUGAAGCAGAUGUGGAUGGAAUGGGUUCCUUACAUUCCUUCUGAUAAUAGAGAUGGACAAGUUGGUAGGAUGAACUCUCAAAUUUUUAGCAUGCGCUGUACACUGUCUAGAGAUGCUCUCAGAGAUAUGAAUGAAGACGAUGCUAAGAAGUUCGACUAUUGCGUUGCUUAUUUCUAUCAACCAUUUGAGGAAUCUGAAAUUGAACAUGAUGCUGUAAUCGAUAUAUUGUUUCCCUCUAAUCCGCCGGUUGUAUGUGAUUUUAACUGGGAGCUUCAAAAGCUUGAGGAAUUUGUUGAUAGUCUGAUUCAAGAAGGAGGAUUAUUUGCAGAACAAAGAAUUUGUCACAGCGCGUGUUGGAGAAGCAAUGAAAGCUAAACGAGAGGCAAGAGAAGCUCGACUGAAAGCGAUAGAAGAAAUGAGCGAAGAAACUAAGGAAGCCUUCCAAAACAUGAAGUUCUACAAAUUCUACCCUCAGGCUUCACCAGACGUCCCUAGAUUCCAGACGUCGUCGCUCAUUAACCGAUACUACGGGAAUGCUCAUCAAGUCCUUUGAUAUGGUGGAAUCUUCAGAACCAAGAACAAAUGCCUACCUAUAUUAGUUAAAAAUCCAGUUUGAAUUUUGAUCUUUUAUUUAUUUAUUUAUUACUAAGAUGUAAAAGCCUUUAAAUUUUUCUUCAAAAGAAUAUAAAAUUUCUCAGAUACAAAUUACUUUGCGUUUCUUGAUUUUA